CCAAAUGUGAGUGGGACAAAUGAAGUUCAUUUUCCACAGCUGGUGAUGGCGGAUGUUGUUGAUAAAGACACCAUGAAGAAUUACCACAUAGCGUCUGAGAAAAUUAACCCUGAGGCCAGUCGUUAUCCCUACUGUAUCGUGUGGACACCUAUCCCCGUGUUAUCAUGGCUGCUGCCAUUCAUCGGCCAUAUGGGAAUCUGCACUUCCACUGGUAUCAUCCGGGACUUUGCUGGACCUUACUUUGUCUCAGAAGACAACAUGGCUUUUGGAAGACCAACAAAGUACUGGAUGCUUGACGUCAGCAAAGUCUACGCUAGUGGCUCCAAUGCGUGGGACACAGCAGUCCACGAUGCAUCAGAGGAGUAUAAACACAGAAUGCACAACCUCUGCUGUGACAACUGUCACUCGCAUGUCGCCAUGGCUCUGAAUCUGAUGCGAUAUGAAAACAGCACCUCAUGGAAUAUGGUCAACCUCUGCCUCCUCGCUCUGAUCCAUGGGAAACAUGUCAGCUGCGCAGGCUUUCUGAAGACCUGGCUGCCUUUCCUGAUGCUGAUGGGCAUCAUCCUCACAGUGGCCCUGACCCUCAACCUGCGGUGACCUGGGAGGCAGGUUGAGGACACAGUGGAACCCCUGCAGGUCGGAUGUGGGGUUGACCUUUUAGACAACAAGGGGUGCAUCACAUGGUGUCGAGCAAACGUUACAGAGGAGAUUGUGACUUUCCUCCUCCAAGAGGAGAUUGUUGAACAGGGAUGUCCAACACAUGUACACCAACACGCGCUUGGUUUGUGGAGAGCAGGCGGCCGGCUACCGGCAGUGCUCCAGUGGUGAAGCCUGAAUGGCCUAGGGACGUAAAUUAAUUUCUAUUCAGCCAUUUGUUUAGAGAGAAGUGACUGAACACACCACCACCACAACUACCAGACAAACACACUAAUGGAUUAUGAUUAUUGAAAGCCUAACAGCAGGUUUGAGCCUUGGCCCCCUGCAAAGCGUACAAGUUGUGUAGCUGUAUUAAUAGUUGAAUAGAGGUGCGUACAUUGUUGAAUUCUUGGAGGAGAACACAUCCAUGCCUUGCUUUCAGAUUUUGAUGACCUUACUUUGUAAUGGAUUGGGAGUGUAAUCCCAUUGUUCUGUGCUUCCAGAAUGCCAUUUUUAUACCAGGGACAUGUUAAUUGAAUUAGAUGCCUUUCUAGGGAAUUUAUUGCAUUUCAUGCUUGCUCUGAUGUAGCUCUUCUACAUUACUACAACUUAAACUAAACGAGCAGUUUGUAUUUUUGUGCAUUUUCUUACCUGUAUUCAGCCUAAUUUCAUAGGAUUUCAAAAAGUCUGCAUCUUCUACAAAGAAAUAUUUUCUCAGAGAUAUGUUGUACAUGCAUUACAUGCAUCACCUCAUGGUAAUAGGUUUACGAUCAAUGUUUUCAUACCUUUUAACUAUAGAUCAUCAGUGCAACGAUUGUAGCAAACUCAAUGAAUGUGGCUGUGGGAAAUACUAAUAGAAUAGUAAAGCUCCUUUUGGUUUUCUAUACUUGUGCCAAAUGUAGGAGAAUGGGAGACCAACUCAAACUGUGUCCUUAAAUAUCGAACUUGUUCUCUAGCGAGGCAGCGAAUGAAAAGCCUGCUGACGAAAGAGUUAUAAAACCUCGCCUGAUGUUGUUGUUCAACAUGAGAACUGCUUUGCUUUUCAUUAGUAAUUUUGACUUUAUAGAAAAAUGCAAGAGUCAGUGCCUAAAAAAAAAAGACCUCUCACAGAUUCCUUAAAUGUUAUAUCUUCAGUUUUGUGGUUAUUUUUGACGCCUUUUUAAAAUCACGUUAAUUCCACAUGAUGGUUGGCACUCAAAAUCCGUUGCCAUGGCUGUCGUGAGUAAAUUCAAAUCCCCCCAUUGUUUGCAAUCAAACAGAAAAAAAGUGUUGAGCCGUCUCUUUGUCCGCAGUGCUGCCAGAAGCAGCAGGUAGCCAGGAUCCUCAGGUUUUUCACACUCACCGACCCCUGCUGAAUAUCCCCACUUUCCCCACAGCGCCUGGCCAGUGUCGCUCCUGCUGUUUUCCGCGUCUGCAGAUCAGAAUCGAAGGUCAUUGUGAAAUGUCAGCGCUGUUCCACAAAGCUUUGAUAUAUGCUGGUCAACAUCCUGCAAUAAUCCAAAGUAGAUGUCAUGUGUUUAAAAACAAAAAGUAAAAAUCAGUUAUAUUUUGCGGUUUAAGGUUUACCAGUAGGGCUAACUCAGUGCCAGUUUUUUAGACUUUGCUCUCCUCAUUGAGCGUCUGUUCGAAGCAGAUACUCUGUGGCCUCUUGUGUGUAAUUCACCCAUGUUGCCUGUAAAUAUUCAAACAUUAUACUCUUCACCAGGUGCUCUUUAUAUACUUUGCAAUCUUGAUCGUUCGCUCUACAGAUUUAGCGUCUGAAUAAUUUAAAGUGUAAUUUUUGUUCUCUUUCCUCCACUUCUGCAUAUCAUCUCUGCUCAGUAAUGAAGCAGAAUUGUUCGUGUGUGUGUGUGUGUGUGUGUUUGUGUGUGGUGAGAAAGAGAGAGAGAGCGAACGAGAGCAUGUGAUUGCAUGCCAGCAUGUGUGUAUUGCAUGCAUGCAAUAAUACGAGCAUUUGAGGGUCAUGACUCAUACUGUGGCUUCUUGAUUAAUAAUCAGCUGCAUUUCAUAGCAGUCUACUGCCCACUGAUUGAUUUUUAUAUUUAUUAGUCCAUAUCUUCCUCCUAUUCUCUUUCAAAUUGAAUGUGAUUGCUGGUAAUCCUUAGCAAGAAUAAAUAAUAAAUUAGAUUCUAACAGGCCUGCUUAAGUUCAUGUUGAUUUGAUGAUAUAGCCUGUACUGUACUGUACUGUGUGUAGCUUCAGAUUCUGUAGAGUAGAGCUGCAGUCAUAUUCUCAAGAAGAAAUGGAAAGAAAGUAAGAAUCUGCCCUCAGCAUAAACAGUGAAUACGAUUUUCAUUUUUAUUUUUUUUGGGGGGGAAAAAAACAUGUUUAAAAUGGGCAAUUUGUAAGAUAUGGCCAGAAUUGAGGAAAAAGAAAAAAAACCCAAUCUCAACAGGAGUGUUAUGAAGCUACAGUGUUGAUGUUUUUUCAAAGAUGUCUCUACUGUACUGAAGGGAUGAAGUUAGCGUGCUAACCAGCUAGUCCCGGCCCAUCCUGUCUCCUAAUAUUUCUUUGUACUGCAAGAGGCCCCCAUAGCUCCAGCAGGGAGAAGUAAAAGCAGAAAGUAAACAAAAUGAACUCACAAAUGUCAAAAAAGGAAAUAUUUUUACACCUGUUUUCUUUACUGAAUAAAAAAUACAACCUA